AUGUACACUGAUCAUCAGGGCACUGAUGAUCAGUGUGCCCUGAUGAUCAGUGUGGCCCCAGAAGUGCCACCUGUCAGUGUUCAUCAGUGCCACCUGUGAGAGCCCAUCAGUGCCACGUGCCAGUGCCCAUCAGUGCCCAUCUGAGCUGCCUUUCAAUGUCACCCAUCAGUGCCAUCAAUGCCACCUAUCAGUGCCAGUCAGUGCUGCCUAACAGUGCCGCCUAUCAGUGCCAUAUAUCAGUGUCAUGUAUCAGUGCCCAUCAGUGAUGCCUGUCAAUGCCCAUCAGUGCAACCUACCAGUGCCUCCUUACAAGUGCCCAUCAGUGCCACCUAUCAGUGUCCAUCAGUGCAGCCUAUGAGUGGCUCAUUAGCGCACAUCAGUGAAGGAGAAAAAUCA